AUGCAUAUUCCGAUCAUUGAUUUCUCGGCGUUCCUAGACGUAUCCAGCAGCAGCGAUGCAAAGCUCGAAACAGCCAAGAAGCUCGAUCAAGCAUGUCGCGAAGUUGGGUUCUUCUACCUCUCUGGUCAUGGAAUUGAUCCGGCACUUUUCACGGCAAUGCUCUCAAAUGCCAGACAAUUCUUUACUACUGCUUCGAGAGAAGAAAAGGAUGCAAUCAAAGUAAAACCAAGCGGUGAAGGGUCUGGCGAUGACAGCAGAGGCUACAGACUGGUGGAAAGAGCCGAUGCAGAUUAUGAAGCUGUUGACUUCCUUCGCGAACUUGGAACAGAAGGACCACCGUACACGAAAGGCCUUGGUCGGAACCAGUGGCCUAAAACACCGGCAUUUCUGCGUCCAAUCGCUGAAGAGUAUACUACACGUCUCGUAGCUCUUGGUGUCGCAAUCAUGAAAGCUUUUGCCCUGGCCUUGGAUGUGCCUGAAGAAGUAUUCUCCAGCAGAGUUGACGAAUCAUUUUGGCAGCUACGUUUAGCUGCAUAUCCUGGAGUUUCUGAGGGAGCAGACGAAUCCAAAAGUGGACUGUACCAGCAUAGCGACUUUGGGAUCUUGACGUUUCUUUUGACUGAUGAGCACAGAGGCUCAUUAAAGGUUCUCGCUCCUAACGGGAAAGAUUGGAUAUCCACCGAUCCUAUUCCAAACACUCUCAUAUGUAACAUCGGUGAUAUGCUGUCUGUCUGGACUGACGGCAUCUACAAGUCAACACAACACAAAGUUCUGCACGUAUCCCAAGACAUGCGCAUAUCCAUUCCAUUCUUCUUCGAUCCGAAUUGGGAUGCCAGGAUCGAGCCUGUACUCGGCAAUGCUGAGAAGAAGUCAAAGGGGGAGGGUGCGAACUACAAGGAUAUAUUCACAGGUGCCAUCAAAUACCCUUAUUGA